AUGGUCAAUAUCGCAAACGAGGCAGGCAGUUUCUUCCAAACCGACGCCGAGCUCAAGAAGCAAAAAGAGAAAGAAGCAAAGUACAACUACACUGAAGGCGAAUGCAUUCAACUGUCAACCAAAGCCUUGGGCCUCAUCGUCUUGCAAAGCGGCAAAUACGCCUAUGUUGCUGAAUCUGGAUUCAAUGCCAAACGUAUCAAUCUCGAGACUCGAAAAGCAGUAAAGCUAUUCAAGGGACACUCUGGCCCUGUGACAAGUUUAGCACUAUCAUCGGAUGGGGGUACUCUUUGGACAGGAUCAUGGGACAAGACCAUUAAAAAGUGGGAUACCAAGACUGGUGAAUGCGUUGCUACAUUGCAUGGACAUACCGAUUUCGUCAAAUCAUUGCUGUUGGUUGGCUCCACACUUUAUUCGGGCUCCUCCGACACCCAUAUCCGUCAGUGGAACACUGAAACAAAUGAAUGCAUUGCCACGCUCAAGAAGCAUUCACGUGCGAUUGAAAGCUUAGCCGUUGAUACUCCUGGUCGCUACUUGUAUGCUGCUUCAUCGGAUCGUUUGAUAUCAAAAUGGGAGAUCGCUACCAACAAUUGUAUCGCCACAUUUGAUGAACAUGAUACAAGCGUGUAUUGCGUACGUGUGUGGGAUGAUGAAAUGUGGACUGCGUCCGCUGACAAGACCGUACGUCGAUGGAAUACAGAGACUGGAGUCGUGGAUACAGUGCUUGAACAUCCUGAUCGAGUCAAAUCGGUAACGAUCGUGGGGCCAUAUGUAGUUACUGGUGCAAGCGAUGACAACAUUCGCGUCUGGGACAUUGCAUCUGGAAAGCUUGUUUCAACCAUCCGGGGUCAUUUCGAUGAGGUGGGGUGCUUGGAUGUGGUGGGCACCACCCUAUUCAGUGCUUCUCUUGAUUGCUCACUCCGACGUUGGUCUAUCACACCCUCUGCAUUGAAAGAAUACAACGAUAAGCCUUUACGGGUCCCAGCUGAAGAAAAGGAAUCCACCGGUCUAACCGAAGAAGAGGAACGUGAAUUGGCAGAAUUGAUGGGAAGCGAUGAUGAUGAAUAA